AUGCGGCCCAUAUACCUUUUUCUCCCCGUAGGGCUUCCGAUCCCCCGUGCCGUCCACUGUGAUGCACAGCAUGAACGUCCUGGAGCUGAGGAGGACAUCGAGGCCCUUACAAACCUGAAGUAUCUUGUUGACUUUACUUCUUCGUUGGCUUCCCUCCUCGCGGCCAAGAAUGAUGAAUCACCAUCUUCCGAUCGUGCUCAGCUUGCAGUUAGUUUCGAGCAAGGGCUUGGAGAGCAUGAGGAAGUUACGCGGCAUAUGAAGGAUGAUCCAGCCGUCACGGUUGACUGGCUCGUUUCCUUGGAAUCUGGAAGUAUGGAUGGAAAAUUGUCCAACAACAUGGGAAAUACGCCAACGCCAGUGCCCCUGGUGGACAGCGUGGCCUGCUCGGGCAUGGAUGCGGCUACGGCUACGAAUGUGGAUGCAAAUGCCAACAAUGCUCGAGAUAUCCUACAACAGUAUGCAGUGCUUGCUGACGGGUUCAGAUCGGGGGAAUCCGACAGUGGUGAACGUGGACUUGCUCCUGCUCAAGAUGAUUCGGUUGUAGGGACAACGGGGACGAGAGCAGGAUCCCCCCUGCUUAAAGAGUGUCUUCCCUCAGAUUCAGUCCCACCCCCAGCCUCAAGCGUGAAUAUCCUGGAUGGCCUUGAAGCAUUGCAGCACCUCACAUGGUUGGUGCAGCCCGGAUCUGUGGACAGUACACGCUGUCGACCAUCAACAUCAGAACGGCCGCUCUCUCAAGCCGGAAAGCAGUCAAGGUCGAAGUCAACUGGAAGUCCAACCACAAGGCAAAAGAAUGCCCAGCCUCCGACUCAAGACAUCCUCACACGUCUCGAAGCAAUGCGGAGAUUCAGCAGGCUUGCUCAGAAACUCUCCAAACUUUCCGAGGAAUUUCGGUCACUCUCUCCUCUUGAACGAAUCCACCACAUGAUUUCAGACCCCGAGGUCGCGCCCACAGUUCAGUGGAUGUUUGAUAAUGCAGGAAAAGUUCUUACGCCGGAAGUCCUCUCCGCACUGAAGAAUUUUAUCCGCUCCAGUCCGCUGGUGCCGGAUGAGUAUCGCUCAUUUGCACUCCUUGCAGCAGAUUCGUUAAGCACUGUUUUGAACCCAUCGCUUAUAUCGCAUUAUCGAAACUUCAAGACAUUCUUCGAGCGACUGGGUGCUGACCUUGGCCCAGUGUUGGGUUCCGUAUACCGCGGCUUGCACUGGCUCAUGACUACCUUCCAACCAAGCUAUAUUCAGGCUCUGACUGAUCGAGUCACAUUAUGGCGGAAGGCACUCACGUCCCCCGAAGUAGCCGAGUUCCUAAUUGUCGUCAACGACCCGGUUACGCUGAAUGGAAUCUCCGCUUCAAUGGGGAGCGCGAAGAAGGUGUUGACUGCCGAACGAGUCCGUCGACUGAGAACCAUCUUUGACGAGCGGGGACUCUUCGAUCUGAGCCGUGACGAAUAUAAGGCAUUCGGCGAUCUUCUAGGGACGAACAUCAAGACGCAGUUUGCGACCGCGGAGGGCAUUUCCGAGGCUGAGAGCUUUCUUGAUGCGGUGCAUUCCCUAUUUAAGAGUCAGACUAUAAACGCAGUAGCUGGUAUCAUGCAGAAGCGCUCUGUUCCUCUCACGGCAGGCCUUGCAGAAGAUCUCCACUUUUUCUUCGAUCAAGUCAGCUUGGCAGCUGUAACGGUUCCUGGAAUGCUGGAAGUCCUUCGUGACUUCCUGGACCUCAUUCGGCCGCUGCUACCUCCCGGGACCCGCGAUGAGAGGCUCCCAGCGCGUGUUUGGGACAUGGCUGGGUUUAUUAUGGAGAAGGUUUCCUUGUUCCAGGGGUCAGCACUCGAGGAUCUGCAGAGCGUUCUCGACGCGGGAAUAAGACUAACGCACCCAGAAAGGCUUGAAGAGUUGCGGCUGGUGAUUGCGGAUCUUCAGAGGAGCGAGCCUACGUCCAGUUAUCUGAUCUCUGUGAAUAAUGGUAUCGCACGGAACGCAAGCGUCGGUGCCUCUCCCUUCGAGUUUACAUUCGGGGUGUUUGAUAUCCAGUUGGGUCCUAUCUUGGGACCAAUUGUUGCCGAUGACGAGAAGAUAUCGAGGCUCAUCCAGAUUCUCAAUGCCCGCCUCGCCCCUGGAGAGGUCGAAAAGACACGAGAGACACUGCAGUCUCUCAACUCGAUGCCGGACGACGUGCGCUACGAUGUCCUCAUGAAUGAAAUGUUCAACACCUGGCGUGAUGCCUUUCGACCUACUCCCGAGGAUUGCGCGCAACUCGGCAAUGGCUAUGCUUUAUACCCUGCUUUUGGUAAACGUCACUCUCUAUUUGCUGCACUUUUCUGUUUGGCCCUAUGUGCUAACGAGGCAGGUCGCUCUGCCGUUGAAGGAGGCUUCAUCUCCAGCUUCAGCCCCGGCUCCCGCUCUGCACAGGACAGUCCGUCCAGCGGAAGCGAACUCAGUGCAAAAGCUGAGAUCUUCGUUCCUGGAGCGGGGACUGGUGCUGGUGUUGGUGCUGGGGCUCAGCACCGGACUCUGGAUGAGAGCCUCUGUUCUACUUCCACCGGCUCCAACCAUUUCAGCUUCGUUGACAUCCAGGACACCAUCGAUCUAAGCCCGCAAGCCCGACUCGCAGCUAUCUUCCCCAACGAGCCCUUCGUCUCGCCGCACACCCCUUGUCAUAAUAGUUGGACCUCCAUAUACAUCGACCCCGUACAUCCCCGCAUGGGCGGCGGACUGCUCUGCACCCUUCCCGCGAUAACGUUCUACGCAGACCCUAACUCGAGCUCGAACUCAGAAGUAGUCCUCGCCCAGCAUGCGCCCAUCCUCCUUGCCCUCGUCAAGGAUAUUCUGAAAAAUCACAACCCGCGCUCCAGGACGAUGAUCUGCGUGUGCACGAGGCAAUCAUACAACCUUUAUGAGGGGCGCGCCGUCCCAACUGUGCUGGUGACGCUUGAUUUCGAGCAGGACCGCUGCAAGGCGGAAGCUGCACUGCCUGAAAUUCUGGACCUGUUUCAUGGGACGCUGGGGAUGGUCGAUGUUACUGUUGAGAUUAUAGAUCGUGAGUUUGCGGAGUGGAUGGAAGGCCAUUUGAGAAGGUCAAUAGAGUUGAACAGAUGUCUUGAAGCGUUUCAAGAGUCUAGGGCUCGUUUCGUUGGGGAACUGCCGGACCAGGGUCAUUAG